AAAAAAUUUUAAUCUACUCGCAUACAAAUCACUCAAUUUCUACGACGAAAAAGGGCGUAUACAGUAUAUAGAUUCAUUCAAAAGGUUGAAAAACUGUCCAACUUUCAAGGGAAGGACCCAAGUAAGACAAACAUGCCAGAGCCAGUGAAUCAUCAAAUAAACACAGCCAGAAAGACCUUCCAAGCACUUUAUCGCAUUUCCAAGCUGCUCAACACCAAUUUAGAUCCAGGGACUCUGAGCUACUGCGUCAGGCUGUGCGAGAAUGGAGUCAAUCCUCAGGCAUUGGCUACUGUUGUGAAAGAGCUCCAAAGAGAAACUAAAGCUUUCAAUAGUACCCAGAGUUAUGCCAGUAAAAAUAUUAACUCUUAA